AAAACUCUGAAUCAGGCGCGCUUCGCGGUCGUGGAGCGGCCACCCGCCGUGUCCGCUGCAAAUAGGUUCCGUGAUCUAGCGCUUCCGUCCCCGCAGCCGUGAUCGUGCGCCGAGGCCCGCGAAGGGUCGCCGCCGAGGUUUCCACCAGCCACAAGCAGGAGCAUGGCAGCCAUCCCCUCCAGCGGCUCGCUCGUGGCCACCCACGACUAUUACCGGCGCCGCCUGGGUUCCACUUCCAGUAACAGCUCCUGCGGAAGUGCCGAGUAUCCUCGGAAGGCCAUCCCCCACCACCCCGGUCUCCCCAAGGCUGACCCGGGUCACUGGUGGGCAAGCUUCUUUUUCGGGAAGUCCACUCUCUCAUUCAUGGCCACCGUGUUGGAGUCCCCAGAACACUCGGAGUCUCCCCAGUCCUCCAGUGGCCUGACCACCUGUGACCUGGUUCAGGAAGCCACGAGGAAGCAGCCUGGCAGCCAGCCUGGCAGCCAGCCUAGCAAAGCCAAAACGGGGGUCCCAUCCUAAGUGGCCACCGCCGGC